AUGUCAGUGAAAUUCACUCCAGGUCCACACCCAUCAUCCCUCUCCCGUUCCUCAUCAUCCAAACUUCCCACACCUACUCCAGCACCUUCCGUACCCAAUUCUCCUAUAACAGUCACAUUCAACAAGUCAACCACUACACAUAAACCAACUAGAUUGAAUACUCAAAAUACCGACAACAUUGAAGGGGAUCUGGAAAGACAGCCAUUGAUCGGGACGAGGGAAUUGAAUAGACCCCGAUAUAUCUGGUCGAUCAUCAGUGGGCUCAUCAUCAUCAUUCUGAUAGGUGUAUUUAUAGGGUUUGGAGGAUGGAGGUUGGGGAAGGGGGCCGGAGGGGGAAGAUGGCCCGGGAGCCCAGGAGUCUAA